GACGUGGUUUGGAUUGUUGAGUUAAAUCCGGCGGCAUUUGAAUCAGCAUUUUUUUAACUAACUCGUUACGUACUACAGAUUAAUCUUUUCAUAUAUUUUGUUGCUUUGUGUGUUGUUUGAAAGUGCAUUUAAAUAUGUCGGAACCGAUUCGUGUUGUGGUGACUGGUGCUGCUGGUCAGAUCGCCUACUCCCUGCUGUACAUGAUCGCCAAAGGUGAUGUGUUUGGACCGAACCAGCAAUUAAUCUUGCAUUUACUGGACAUUCCACCGAUGAUGGGUGUGCUGGAGGGUGUUGUUAUGGAGUUAGCCGACUGUGCGCUGCCACUGCUGGCCGGUGUUGUUCCAACUGCUGACCCAGCCGUUGGCUUCAAGGACGUCAGUGCUGCUUUCCUAGUAGGCGCCAUGCCCCGCAAACAGGGUAUGGAACGCAAAGACCUGCUAUCGGCUAACGUAAAAAUUUUCAAAGUCCAAGGAGAAGCGCUCAACAAUCAUGCGAAGAAGAAUGUCAAAGUACUAGUAGUCGGUAAUCCGGCUAACACUAAUGCCUUGGUGUGCUCCCACUAUGCUCCCUCAAUUCCGAAGGAGAAUUUUACCGCUAUGACUAGGUUGGAUCAAAACCGUGCUCAAGCGCAAAUCGCUGCCCGGCUGGCUGUGGGCAUUUCCAAGGUAAAGAACGUUAUCAUUUGGGGAAACCAUUCUUCAACACAGUACCCAGAUGCGAAAAAUGCCACUGUUGAGGUAGAUGGAACCAAGAAAAGCGUAGUGGAAGCUAUCGCCAAUAACGAUUACCUUAAUGGGGAAUUUGUUGAAACUGUUCAGAAGCGUGGAGCCGCCGUCAUUAAUGCUCGAAAAAUGUCCUCCGCUAUGUCGGCGGCUAAGGCCGCCAGUGACCAUAUGCGUGAUUGGUUCGCCGGUACCAAAGACGGUGAGUUCGUUUCAAUGGGUGUCGUUUCCGAUGGCAGCUACGGGACAGCCAAGGAUGUUGUGUUCUCUUUCCCAGUGCAAAUCCAAAAUGGGCAAUGGAAGAUCGUGCAGGGCUUGUCUGUUGACGAGUUUGCGCGCGGAAAGCUGGACCUGACGGGCAAGGAAUUGCUCGAAGAGAAAGAGGAAGCCAUGGCCGUAUGCGCUGCAGAUUGACUAACAAAACUGUAAAAUGAAAUGUUUGUAGAAACUACACAAAUUUCGACCAAGUUUGGCGUGAAAGAUAAAAAUUUGUUGCUUGUAUAUCGACCCAAUGUUCAUCUUUAAUGGAGAGUGGUAGAGGUUAAUCUUCACAUUUAUGUUUUAUAAAACAUUAUUUCAACACUAUCAAACGCAUUUCUCACAUUUGCAGCACCAUAAAUGAUUUUUUUUUUCGAGUUCAGUAUAGUUUACAUUUGCCUGGUACGCCGUUAAGUCAAUUUGUAUUUGUUUGUUUCUUCAAAAAUUUUAUUUUACAUAUUAUCAUACCGCACCAAAAAAUUGCGCUAUCGGAAAACGAAAAAAAGAACAAAACACUGUGCACUUGAGAUUAACAAACCCCAAACAUCGCAUAGCGAAAAAACGGUUGAAAAUUUAACGAUAGUUACACUUGCUUCCUUACUGCAUAUUAAAGCUUAAUAAAACUUCCCAA